CUCGCGAUCGCCGCGCGUACCUCUCGCAGGAUGCGCUUCACCUUCCUCGCGACGGACGAGUCACUUCCACAAGCCGGUUCGAGAAUCAGUCGUCGAUUCCCGGCCGGAUACACCGGUUACCGCUCGAUCGAUUUAGUGAGAUUCUGGUCGCGAGAAAAUUCGCUCGUAAUAAUAAUCUGCAUCUGGCCGAAAUGCAAUUUACUCGUGAUUGCCGCCGGCGGACUAUUAGUCGGACGUUAACAAAUCAACGGUGAAUUAUGGAGACGGCUUCGCGGCUCGAGCGAUAUUUCCGUUCGCCUUGAGUGGAAACCGAGAAUUACGAGUGCCGCGCAUGAUGUAAACAGCGGACGAAUUCUUUCGUUCUCCCCCCUCGACGGUAUAUCGCGUUAAGUGCUUCCAGACUUCGCGAGCGACCACGAAUCCUAUGAUUCUUGUGCGCAACUCGACGUCGUAAAUUUAUCUGCCACGAGAGAGAGAGAGAGAGAGAGCUGUCUGCUGGAAAUUUCGCUUGUUUUCCAAACGGGCGAGACUCCAACGCGCUACCUUCGCAUCGCGAAUAUGUUCGAAGAAGGAUUCAUUUAAUCGAUACACACUCCAAAUUCCGAGCGCUCGUGUAAACCGUCGUCGGAGAAAAUACUUUCGGCGAAGUGCGCUUGGUUGUCUUAGCCAGGUCGGUGAAAAAAAAAUCGAGGAGAAGACGCUUUCGAGUCGUUGCUCCCUCCUUCACCCGUGGACACUCGUAAUUUACAAGUCCGAGCGAUAUGUGCUCGCGCUUUUCGGGGUGUAAAACGGUUGUGUGCGGAUCUCUCGAGCGGCCGUUUGCGCUGGCGAUUAAUCGCCCCUCCCCCCCCCUCUCUUUCGCGUGUGAACCGUGCAGGAAAUGAGAUGUUCGCUGGCAUGCGACGCGAAACUGAUCGGGUAAUGUAAAUAUUCGCGGGAGUUCACGAUGUCUCGGUCACGGUGAUACAGCGGGCGACUGUUCCGAAUCGCUGCGCCAAAGGUGAAAAAGUCCGGGGGGGCCCGAACGAUCGAUAGUUUUAUCGGGAUCGUGCGCGACCGGUCUGAGGUGGGAAGUGUUAGCACGUGGGGGAAAAAAAGUAUGCAGCUACUUUCCAGCUUCAUGGGCCGCCACACGAAGCGAGGAGCUUCCUUGAAAAAAGGAAAGCGCGAAUCCAUCGGAGGCGGGAAUCCUGUUGGUAAUUGGCCGUCUUCAACGGGGGGUCCGGUCAGGCCCCUUAGCAGUACCGUUGGGUACGGUGCUGCGGCGGGGGGCGCCAACAUGACACCCGAUGAUCCCGCACCUGACGAAGAAUUCGCUCUCGCCGUCGCACAGAAAGCACAGAGAGACGCAGAGGCAAUCCGCACCGUUCUCUAUCUCGGUGCGGCGCUCACGAUCACCUGGAUAAUAGGAGCUGCCGGACUGUCGUUGGCGUGGCUGGUUCUGGUCCUGGCACUGGCGGCGACGGUCGUUAAAGCGAGAGUAUCCCGGCUCCUUCAGACGGAACUGCAGCACGAAUUGGCCAGGUUACGUAGGAGACGGGCGUUGUACAAAGACGAGACCGCCGAGUGGCUCAGUCUGCUCUUCAAUAAAUGGUGGAGAUUCAGCGCCGCCAGUAUAUUUUCCUUAGCGAAGGAACGACUGGAGCCUCUCUUUAAUGAAGCCAAACCCGGUAUACUAGGUCCAUUAGAAUUGCGCGAACUCACCCUCGGCGAGCAGACGCCGUGCAUUACUCGCGUGAGAACUCUCGAUUACUGCAGCGACGAUGAUCUCCCUAAUGGGCAUCUUUCCGGCCAGACUAAACUGUCCAUCGAAGCGGACGUGCGACUGGACUGCGAGCAAUUCCGCAUGCUCAUUACCACGCGGUUAUUUGGUAAAGGCGUCGGGAUGGACAUCGACCUGGCGGUGGAGAAGUUGUCGCUGUCGGGCACGAUCCUCGUCAACCUGAGUCUGAACACGUCGGCACCGUUCCCGCACGCGACCGGGCUCAGCGUAAGUUUCCUGGAGAAGCCGGACGUUUGGUUCAGCGUGAGGAUUCUGCGAGCGGUGCAAAUGAUGGAGGUGCCUCUGAUCAAGACCUGGAUCCACGCGGUGGUCACGGACGCGCUGGCCAGCUGGCUGGUCGAUCCGGGCCACUUGGAGAUGGAUCUGAGGGCGCAAGAGCGGCCCGGUCCCGGACUGGAUUCCGUGAGCAAUACCAUGCCGCAAGGGGUACUCACCAUUGUUCUGUGCCAGAACGGCUGCCCCGCGAACAUCGCCGACGAGGUGAGAUGGCUCGCGGUAACGGUGGGCGAUCAGAGACGAAUCACCUCGAAUUUAAACAACACGUGGACUGAAGACGUGUCCUUCUUGGUCGGGCCGUUGGACAACGAGAGGGUGACGAUCAAGCUGAAAGCGAAACGGCUUGUUAGUACCAUUACCUUAGCGCAGUUCGAGUUAGCGUUGGGAGUUUACGACUGGGAGAACUCGCAGAUCGUCGAGACCGUGUUACAACAGAAGAAACCGUCCCGUAAUAGCGCCAAUAUCCCAAACAUCAACGCGCGGCUGGAAUACACCGCCCUUCCGCACUUGGAUCCCGACUUACCGCAGCCGGAUUUGGCGGUCGAUAAUUUGCAUCUCGCAGGGGUACUAGUGGUUUACAUUCAUUCCGCCGACAAUCUUAACAGCGACGCCGCUCAGUGCAACCCUUACUGCAUGUUGUUCAACAAUCGGAAGAAGGUGAAAACAACGCACUAUAUACGCUCGAACACCUCGCCGAUUUGGGACUGUAGAGCGCAGUUCCUAGUGCAGGAUUACACCCAAGUGUCGCUGAGCUUCGUUAUUUAUUCGUGGAAUAUUUCGAAGUCGGUGGACACGGACAUGCUCGGACUGGCCAUGCUGUCUUUGUCUCAGGAUACGAACUGGAUCGUCAGGAAAGAACUUACGCUCAAUGGUUCCAACAUUGUCUCCACUAUGACGGUCUCCGUUUUGUUUUAUCCCGUCAAGAGCAUACAACAAGUGCUCACUAGCCGUAGGAGCAGCAUGGUUCCAGCCAUGAUAGACGACGAGCCAAAAAUCAAACGGAACAGCCUACCGUGGAUGCAACAAGCUAAGCUGUUAUUGACACACAAAGACGCCGAUCCCGCCGCCUCCGACAUAUCCAGUCUACUCUCCACCGGAAGUGGCUUGAUGGAGGUGACGCUGUUGCGCGCGAAGGAUCUCGUCGCGAAGGAUCUGAACGGCUUCAGCGAUCCUUUCUGCGAAUUGAAGCUGAACAACGAUACCAAGUACAAGAGUAGCAUAAAGAAGAAAACGCUGAAUCCUUGCUGGGAUGAAAGUUCCAUCAUGGGCCUGCCGAGAGUCGGAGAAACUUUAGAUAUCGUAUUAUGGGAUCAUGAUACUUUCGGCAUGAAGGACUACCUCGGGAAAGUAUCAUUGACUCUCGACGAUAUCCGAAAGCUGUCGACCAGCGAUCAGUCCCAUUGGUUCACGCUCAGGGGAACCAAAACGGGAUCUGUCGAGCUUAAAAUUAAGAUCUUGUCGGAGGAAUGUGAGACGCAAAGUACAUACGCGACCAGCAAUAUCAGCGACAAUUCCUCUCGUCUGAACACCGAGCCGGAUUCCUUGUCGAGCAUCGUGCGGAGGCCUUCCAUGGAAAAGUCCAAGAUACGCCUGCACUUGGAUCCGGUGGUACCGCCACCGCCACCGCCGCGCACUGUCACUCUUCUGAAGCCGACCACGUCCGGCCAGUCUGAUAAGGCCAGUGUGACCAGCAAAGAAUCGAACGAGGUGAACGGGACGACGAGCUUCUGGAUUCCGAAGGUCAUCGCGGAAUCCGCCGCGGAUAAUUCCGUUGACGAGGCUGACACGAGCAAAAGCAGGGAGAGGCGGUCCUCUCACCAUAGCCUGACUCCCAGCCCGGAGCAGAGCUUCGGGAAGAAGUUACCGCAGUACAACAGCUUCCGCGUAAUGAAACAGAAGGUGAAGCGGGGCUUGAAGCUUCGUAGAUUCCGGUCGGAAGUGAACAUAGAGGAUAAGAACGAGAACAAGGGUAUCACGUUGAGUCUGGAGCCGAGAGGCGGCGGAGAGGCCGACGCCACGGAACUCCUGUCGGAAUCCGGUCUGGCUCACGCGGUCUCGCAACCAGAUAUGCUGGGCAGGAUAAGGCAGCCCAGUCCGCGGUUAAGAUUGAGACCGAAUGAUCUGAAAAUCGUUAACGGUACUAGAGAGAAGUAUUCCGGAGUGGAAGGGAAGGUUCUUCAAGCGCAAGGCCUUCACGUAGCGCAUAUCGCCCAGUUGUACUGUCGCGUGAAGCUCCAAACGUGCACCAGUCCAGACAAGAUCAUGUCGGCCAAUGGCGGUAAGACCAUCGCUAAAUCGCGACUGUUGCCGGCUAUGCCUAAUCCUCAGUUCAGUAUCGAUUUCCAUAUAGAAGGCGACGGUGUGCCGAGGCAAGCGUUACUUAUAUUUGAGAUCAGAAGCGCCAGCAAGGAAUUGUUGGCCAGUCGGCGUAUAACCCUACACGAAUUGCUAGGAGUUUCCGCGGCUAGCGACGAGAUUCACACGUGGUUGGCGUUGAAUAACGGAGCCUCGUUGGAAGAUAAUUCUACAGAGCUAGGAGAAAUCGAAAAUGUUAGGGUGGUGGUGAGAGUCCGACCUCUGAGCAGCAAGGAGUUGGAUGGCCACUGCAAGAAUAUAAUAGAUGUGGAUGCGCUGAACGGCGAAAUCACUAUAGAAAAUUCGAAUGCGGCGCACGGAGAACCACCGAAAGUCUUUUCCUUCGACGCAGCGUUUGACACGGAUUCUACACAGGUGGACAUUUACAAUGAAACUGCCAGGCCUAUAGUAGACAAGGUACUACAGGGCUACAAUGGAACGAUCUUUGCGUAUGGCCAAACUGGCACCGGCAAGACCUACACCAUGUCGGGCGCUAAAACUUCUCCGCAAGCCAGAGGAAUUAUUCCAAACACAUUUGCGCAGAUCUUCGGGCACAUAGCUAAAGCCGACGAAAAUCAGAAAUUUCUAGUGCGCGCGACGUACUUGGAAAUUUACAAUGAGGAAGUUCGGGACCUUCUUGGUAAGGAUCAGAAUACCCGGCUGGAGGUGAAGGAAAGACCAGACAUCGGAGUGUUCGUGAAGGAUCUUAGCGGAUAUGUCGUGAACAAUGCUGACGAUUUGGACCGCAUAAUGUCCCUGGGCAAUAAGAAUCGCGUCGUCGGGGCAACCGCCAUGAAUGUGUCCAGCUCGAGAUCUCACGCAAUAUUUACGAUCACGGUGGAAUCUAGUCAGAUCGGUGAAGAUGGGGAACAACAUGUAAAAAUGGGGAAGCUUCAUUUGGUGGAUCUAGCCGGAUCAGAGAGACAAAGCAGAACAAAGGCAACCGGGGUGCGACUUCGUGAAGCCACUAAGAUUAACUUAUCACUGUCCACGUUAGGAAACGUAAUAUCCGCACUGGUUGAUGGUCAAAGUUCUCACGUGCCUUACAGAAAUUCCAAACUGACCAGGUUGCUUCAGGACUCACUGGGUGGAAAUUCGAAAACGUUGAUGUGCGCGAACAUCAGUCCGGCAGACGUAAAUUACGAUGAGACUAUAAGUACUCUGCGCUAUGCGAAUCGCGCGAAAAAUAUCAAGAACCGCGCGAGAAUCAACGAGGACCCGAAGGACGCUCUGCUCCGUCAAUUUCAAGUUGAGAUCGAGCAGUUGCGCAAACAACUGGAGGAGAACGGUGCGGAGCUCUCGGAGUCCGAGGAAGAGUCGGACGAUUCGGAGGAGUUGAGGGAGAAGACGAAGCGUGACAGGAAAGUCCGACGCAGGAGGAGUCAAAUGCUGACAAUGGAGGAGUUGGAGGACGGUGACACAGACUCGACGGAGAAAGUCGAUAAGGCCGAGAGAGAUGACAAGAGCCCCGUGGACAAGGACGUCAUUGAACUGAAGAGGACCCAGAGCGAGAAAGAAGCACUCCGGGAAAAGAUGCAAAAUCUGCAGAACAAAAUACUAGUAGGCGGCGAGAAUCUGUUGGAGAAGGCAGAGGCGCAGGAGCAAUUGCUGGCAGCGGCGGCGAUCGAGCUCGAGCAGCGGAAAAGCAGGGAGGAGCAACUGAAGAAGGCUAUCAAGGCGAAGGAGGCCGAGCGCAUCGACAUCGAAGAAAAGUACUCCUCGCUGCAGGAGGAAGCGGCCGGGAAAACGAAGAAAUUGGCGCGGGUGUACACGAUGCUGAUGUCCGUCAAGGCGGAGUUGUCCGACCUGCAGCAGGAGCACCAAAGGGAGAUGGAAGGCCUUCUGGAGGGCGUGCGGGGAAUCGGUAGAGAACUGCAGCUGCAGAAUCUGAUUGUAAAUCAUUACAUUCCCGUGCAGUAUCAGACAAUGAUCAAGAGGUAUGUUCAUUGGAACGAGGAUAUUGGCGAAUGGCAGCUGAAAUGCGUGGCGUACACGGGGAAUAACAUGCGUAAAGCGCAGACCGCGUCGCCGACAGGAAAUAAUAAAGACGCAACUCCGCCGGACAUGUCAAAUAUAUAUCUCUCUUACAACACUGGAAUAGACAAUACAUUCGUGCAACCGAAGAAAGUGAGAAGCCGUUCCGGUGUACCCAGGCCAACCACGGCGCAUCGACGUACACCGCACUGAGGACGCAGAUCCUCGGCCACUCAAUGUCACGGGGGAGGAGGUUUAUCUUUUCUCACACUUUUGUAGAUCUUUUUUUAGUUUCGGACGCAUCCGCGACU